AAUCCUCCGGGCCCAGUCAUGCCCCGUACUGAGGCGGCCCUCCUAUUUGUCAAAAGCGGCAGGUCGCAAAUAGAUUGGGAGAUGGUGUUUGAGAGCACGGGGAUGGCCCCAUUGUCUACAUGCCAUGCAUGGCCCAUGAGGAUAAAUAUCACGACCAUACCUCCUCUUCAACCAUGAUGCCCUGUCCCCAGCACCAAGCUCGACACCUCAUCCCAGUUUCUUCUCCCGGUUCAAUCUCGUCAAGAUGCUCUUCUCUACCGCCCUCCUGGCUCUUCUGCCCGCUGCUGCUCUCGCAGCUCCCACGACCGAGCCCAUCACCAAGCGCGCCCCGAUCAUUGCUGCGCGGGCUGGGCAGGUCGUCCCCGGCAAGUAUGUCAUCAAACUGAAGGAGGACGCCAGCGACGACGCCCUCGAGGCCGCUAUCAGCAAGCUCAGGAACAAGCCCGAUUUCGUGUAUAAGAAGCACCGCAAGUUCAAGGGCUUUGCCGGCAAGGUCGAGAGUGAUGCUCUUGACGCCAUUCGGUCUUUGCCUGAGGUUGAGUAUGUUGAGGAGGAGGCCAUCUUCACCAUCAACACGUACGUCUCGCAGACCGGUGCUCCCUGGGGUCUUGGACGCAUCUCGCACAAGGCCAAGGGUUCCACCACGUACGUCUACGACGACAGCGCUGGUGCCGGUACCUGCUCCUACGUGAUUGACACGGGCAUCUACACUGCCCACUCGGAAUUUGGCGGCCGCGCUACCUUUGCUGCCAACUUUGUCGACAGCUCCAACACUGACGGCAACGGCCACGGCACCCAUGUUGCCGGCACCAUCGGUUCCAACAAGUACGGUGUUGCGAAGAAGACUCGCCUCUACGCCGUCAAGGUCCUCGGCGCUGAUGGCUCCGGUUCAACCUCCGGUGUCGUCGCCGGCAUCAACUUUGUGGCCGACGAUGCGCCCAAGCGCAACUGCCCCAACGGCACCGUGGCUAACAUGUCCCUGGGCGGCGGGUACUCGGCCGCCAUCAACAACGCCGCUGCUGCGCUCGUAGACGCGGGUGUCUUCCUGGCUGUCGCCGCCGGCAACGAUAACCGCAACGCCGCCAACUACUCGCCCGCGUCUGAGGCGUCCGUCUGCACCGUCGGCGCCACCGACAGCAGCGACCGCAAGUCCAGCUUCUCCAACUACGGCUCUGCCGUCGACGUCCACGCCCCCGGCAGCAGCAUUCUGAGCACCUGGAUCGGCAGCAGCUCGGCUACCAACACCAUUUCGGGCACUUCCAUGGCCUCCCCCCACAUCGCCGGCCUCGCCGCCUACCUCCUGGCCCUGCGCGGCAAGACAUCCCCCGAGGAUCUCUGCACCUACAUUAAGAACACGGGCGUUUCGGGCGCCAUCACCGGCCUCCCCAGCGGGACCAUCAACAGGCUUGCCUUCAACGGCAACCCCUCCGGCUAAGUCAGGGGCUCGAAUGCACGGUGGAUGAACGAGCAGAAGCAGGGUUUGGAGUUGGAAGUGCGGGCAGGGAAGGGCGCCGCCAGGACGAAGAUUGGCCCAAAAGGGGCUCAGGAUGGGGGGAGGGGGAAAGUAUCCUCGAAGCAGAGCACGACUGGGCAGUCCCUCUUAGUCUGUUAUGAGCAAGGGUGCCUGAGAGGAAAUGCUUUCAAAUAUCUUCCUGUUCAUAU